UCCAGCUAGAGUAGUAGUAGCUGCUUAUACCCAACACUACGUAGCAACAGCUCGCUAGCCAUACGAUAGUUCUUACCUUCAGCUGCUAUCUGUGGCACAUUUUAAGAUUGUCAGAACGUUUUGAGCACACUACAGUCUACGCACACGAUAGUAAAUCCCCUUAGCAGCUAUCUGAUAGUACGCUUUGAGGACACUACAUCCACACCGUAACCAAUUUUUGCUCAGUUUGGCAACUCUAGUAUACCUUUUAGCAGCUCUAGGCUAAGUGACCGGGACUGCUGUCAGAAGAAAGUGCAUAGCAUGUCGGGCGAUGAUCGAAGAGCCAAGAAACCGAAGAAGGAGAAAAAGUCAAAGACGAAAAAGAACAGUGGGGGUGGCAAACGCAGACCAGUGAAAGAGGAAAGUGAAAUCUCCUCUGAGGACUACUUUGCUAAGAACAAUGAGUUCAGGUUGUGGCUCUUAGAGGAAUAUGACAUAAAAUUUGACGAUUUAGAUAGUCGGAAAGCGAAGAAGAAAUUUAGGACUUUUGUGGAGGAUUUCAAUGACGGUUAUCUAGAUAAGAAGUACUAUGAUGGAGUGCACAACAACCAAGUGCAGACAUCCUCCAGAACAAGCCAUAAAUGGGGUUUCGCAAAGAAAGUGGACAAGCAGGCGAUGACGGAACUGCGAGACGAGAUUGACGCUGCUACAUAUGCAACAAGCAAACUCAAGUCUGGUACUUCGAAUGGGGAAAGCAGCGGGGUUGUCGGUAUGGGCUUCGCAGACCGUAAGAGGAGCUUAGGUCCAGCUGGACCUCCACAGCCAAGUGCAUCUCACCGAACUGAUAAGUACAGUAGUGACAUUCCACACGGCGAUUACCGGGCAGAUCGAUAUGACCGCCGAAGGGAGGAUGACAAAAUCUCACAGAAUGCAAACAAACCUACAUCCACAUUUGAAAAGAAAAUGGAACAAAAGGCAAUGAGAAUAUUGGAGAAACGCUCUCGACAAUUAUCACCUGAGCCGGCAGAAGCUGACCCAUAUAAUGACAACGCCCAAUCAGUUGGGAACUCGCAGCGUGAGGCGAAGCGGCAAAAAUAUAUAUCAAAAGCUCGAUCGCAGAAAAACGAGGAAAGGCAAGUGAAAUUAAAUGCAUAUAACGAAAAAGAAUCUUCGACGAUGGCGAUGUUCAAGGAGAUGGCCAAGAAGUUCGAGUAGGGUGCAAUCCGACUACAAACAUAAAGUUAGAGUGUAGACCGGCAGCUUAGAGUCCAACCUGACCUGUCAGUUGUGCAGAAUUAAUGUUAAAAUCAUGUACUGACACCACCCUGUGUUGACAUUCACUACCGUACGCAGCAACUUUGCACGCUUUGAAUGGCGACAAACUGUGUCUGCGUCGAUAGAUUAGGAAAAUUCCUGGCUUAAUAAAUACGAGUAGGAAAAGAG